AUGCAGAAAGCUCAUGCAAACCUAUGUACAACUCCCGACGGCGACCUGAAACACGACGACGUGCGGGACCGCUUCACGCCAAGCUUCGAGUUCACGGGUCAGAACUUGGCGUGGACAGGCCGGUCGUUCGGCAACGGGGGGCCCAACUGGACCUACGUGAUUCUCGGCUGGUUUGCGGAGUACAAGCUCUACCCUGCAAGCCUGGUGUCCCGGCUCGAGGUCACCCCAGGCGUCAAGACGGGCCACUUCACCCAGCUCGCCUGGGCCAAGUCGCGCUACGUGGGCUGCGGAUUCGUCUACUACACCGUCGACAAGGCCCGCUACCCGCACAUGAAGCACUACGCGUGCGAUUACGGCCCUUCCGGGAACUACCUAAGGCAGCCCGUCUACCAGGAAGGCGCCACGUGCAGCGCCUGCCCAGAGCCCACUCAGUGCAACCGGCGCAAGGGCCUGUGCGACGGUACGUCGAACGAUCCUGGUGAGACGACCCCGUUCAUACGCUACCGAAGGCCCGUCCCGAUCCUAAAUGCUUCGUCAUUCCAACCGACGACGCAGACAGCGCUUCCACAAACCCCAUACCCGCGUACUGAGCCGCCGACCACGCUUGAGCUUAUGGCUGAACGUCCCUACGAGCUAGAUUUCGACCCAAGACCAUUGCCAAAUCCGGAGUCCUAUGAUCCGUAUUCAACGAUCCAACCAAGUACAGAUACUGCCCAAUUUCCUCUAGUCGGAGUAGGCGGCGGUUCUCAAGAUGCUGAGGGCGACGAGGACGCUUACCGGCAGGUCGACGAAGAAGAAAGUGGCUGGCUGCGCUUCAUCGCGGUCGGCGUCAGCGGGGUGGCGGUCGCCGCGCUCGCCACGUUCUUCGCCUUCUGGCGAUACACAGCCGCGACGCCGCUCCCGGAACCUGGCGGUGCGACGGGAGCGCGGAGUCUGACUACCUCGGCAUUGCCAUAAAAAGCACGCAGACGCCACAUCUAGACUUACUCAACGUAUUAA